GGGGCUCCGCGGGCCAAGAUUGAGACAGUACUGCCACCGCCACUGCCGCUUUCGGAGCCGGAGCGGGCUGGGCCACAGAACAAGAUGGUGGACUACAGCGUGUGGGACCACAUCGAGGUGUCUGACGAUGAAGAUGAGACGCACCCCAACAUCGACACGGCCAGUCUCUUCCGCUGGCGGCACCAGGCCCGGGUAGAGCGCAUGGAGCAGUUCCAGAAGGAAAAGGAGGAGCUGGACAGGAGCUGCCGCGAGUGCAAGCGCAAGCUGGCCGAGUGCCAGCGCAAGCUGAAGGAGCUGGAGGUGGCUGAGGGUGAGGGCAGCAAGGCGGAGCUGGAGCGGCUACAGGCCGAGGCUCAGCAGCUGCGCAAGGAGGAGCGGAGCUGGGAGCAGAAGAUGGAGGAGAUGCGCAAGAAGGAGAAGAGCAUGCCCUGGAACGUGGACACGCUCAGCAAAGACGGCUUCAGCAAGAGCAUGGUCAAUACCAAGCCCGAACAGGUGGAGGAGGAGUCGGAGGAGGCGAGGGAGCAGAAACACAAGACCUUUGUGGAGAAGUACGAGAAACAGAUUAAGCACUUUGGCAUGCUUCACCGCUGGGAUGACAGCCAGAAGUACCUGUCAGAUAACUCUCACCUGGUUUGUGAGGAGACAGCCAACUACCUGGUCAUCUGGUGCAUUGACCUGGAGGUUGAGGAGAAAUGUGCACUCAUGGAGCAAGUGGCCCACCAGACCAUCGUCAUGCAGUUCAUCCUGGAGCUGGCCAAGAGCCUGAAGGUGGACCCCCGUGCCUGCUUCCGGCAGUUCUUCACUAAGAUCAAGACAGCUGACCGCCAGUACAUGGAGGGCUUCAACGAUGAGCUGGAGGCCUUCAAGGAGCGGGUGCGGGGCCGCGCCAAGCUGCGCAUCGAGAAGGCCAUGAAGGAGUACGAGGAGGAGGAACGCAAGAAGCGGCUUGGCCCUGGUGGCUUGGACCCUGUGGAGGUCUACGAGUCUCUCCCUGAGGAACUCCAGAAAUGCUUUGAUGUGAAGGACGUGCAGAUGCUCCAAGACGCCAUUAGCAAGAUGGACCCCACUGACGCGAAGUACCACAUGCAGCGCUGCAUCGACUCAGGACUCUGGGUCCCCAACUCCAAGUCCAGUGAGGCCAAGGAUGGCGAGGAGGCAGGCCCUGGGGACCCCUUGCUGGAAGCAAACAAGCCAGAUGAGAAGGAUGUCAGCGCGUGACCUGCCUCAGCUGCCGCCUGCCUGCCUGCAGGCUUCUGUGCACCCCUUUUCAGAAAACGAAAAUAGAUGCCAUUGUCCCAGCUCCUGGCUUCCUUCACUCCCCAACCCCCCGCCUGAGAGACCCACCCUGUGCCCCCGCCUCCCAGCACUCAUCCAAGUCUCGCUUUGAGUUGAGGGGCUCCACUGCCUGCAGCUCCCCCAUCAGCAUUAUGCCAAAGGCCCAGGGGUCUGGGGGCGGGGGCGGGCGGAGCUGGUUAGGCUGAUCCACGGGGGAGGGGGGGAGGGUCCCUGGCCGAGGGACCUGCUCCAGUCACUGUGGGCUGUUUCCACUGUCAGCUGUCUAGUCGUCUAUAUGGUAAACAGCAGUGAUCUUCCAAUAAAGGAUUUCAGAUGCUCUGUAUGGCGUUGCAAGGGCUGUUGGCACAGCUCUUCUGGGGCCGGGGGGCACCUGUGAGUGGCGGUGGCUGAGCCCCUGAGUUCCACACUUCGCUCUCCAGCUCUCUGGGCAACUGCUGUGCUACAGACACAUGCUGGUCCGUUCUCCAUCAGAGUUACCUGCCUCUCGCCUCUCAGUCUUUGGCUUAGCUUACUCCUUUCGGUCUCCCUCGCUGUGUCUGACCUCCGAUAGGAGCAGCUCUGCCUCCAAAACACCUUCAGUCUGACCGCUGCUCUUUGGCCACGUGGCCUCCAGGGUCACCCCUGGCCUGGGCACCUGCCGCACACCAGACCCCAAAAUGCGGUGGCCAGAGGGUGCCUGUGAACACAAGUCAGGUAUGUCCCUCAGCGGAAGCCAGAACCCUCCCAAGGCUCCUGCACCAUCUGCCCAGUAACCUCCCUGCCCUUACCUUGUGUCCCCCUCCUCUUCCUCUUGCCUGCGCCUUCCUUGCCUUGCCCAUCUGUGAGCACUUGAAAUUUCUAUGUCAGUGUGAGUUUGGGUGGCUUAUAAGCCUCAGUGCCCCAUCUGUGCAAUGGGAGUGACGGUAGUGCCUUCCUCCCAGGCUUGUGAUGAAAGGAGGUGGGUGCUGCAAGCAAGCAGGUGCCUGGCACUUCUGUGCUCAGACAAAAGUGGCCUUGGGGCAUGCCUGUCCCUCUGCCUAAACACCCCCAUAGUGUCUUCCCAUGGGGCUCCUUUAAAAAGGUAAUGAAAUAUUUGGGCCCCGGGAAAGGCCAAGAAUAGUACAAUGAGCAAUGACAUACCAACUUAAGACAUGAAACACCAAACCAGUGAAAUCCUCUGCCAGCCCCACAUGGGGGUCACCACCCCCAGCAGCUGCUUGUCACGAAGGCCAGAGCUUGGUGCCAUCGGAGGCUCUCCACCAGCCUUCUGAGCUGCCCCUCCUCACCAGCCAGACUGUAUGCUUUACCUGUCCAGGUGUCUGGCUUUGCCAACCUGUGCAUUGUGUCCAUUAUGCUGUGAACAACACCAGGGCAUAAAUGGAGUCUUUCUUUGUCCUGAGAUAUUUCCAGUGCCCGCAUGGGGUCCUAGUAAACAUUUGCCAAACCUAAGUGCCCCAGAAUGCUGUUAUGUCCCAACUGAUCCCCAUGAGGGGGCAGUCGUGAGCUACAUCACCUGAUGCUUUUCACACGGAUGAGAAAGGCAGGCAGGGGAUCUGGAGGGCCUGGGAUCCGGAGGCUUCCUAAGGCCUUGGAUAAACCUCGCCCAUCCAGGGUUGCCAGCUUUUUAAUUCUUUACUGUGAAACCUUUCAAAGAUACCCCAUAUUCCCAAUUUUUCCUUUUGCCUCAGGCUUUUCUGUAACUCGGCACUGCAACUAUUCCUAAAAUGUCAAUCUUUUGUUCA